CUCUUUCUUUCUCCUCGAGCUCAGCUCAGAAGAAUCGAAGCCCUCCCAUCGCCAAAAUCACCGGAAACCCUAAUUCCUACCCCUGGAUGCAGAUGAGCUUCUCUAUGAAUCGAAAGAAGACUCCUUUUCAGAAGCAUCGAGAAGAGGAAGAAGCCAAGAAGAAGAAAGCUGAGGAUGAGACUGCUCGAUUGUAUGCUGAAUUUGUGGAGUCAUUUCAAGCGAAUGAUGCACCUGGUUCAAAGCCUUUUGUUAGAGGAGGGUUGAUUAAUCCAAAUGAAAAGCUGAAGGCAGACUCAGAAGGUGGAAAUUCCAAAGAUGGGCUAUCUGUUCCAAAGAAGGGAACUAGGUAUGUGCCAUCCUUCUUACCUCCACCUUCUAAUAAAGAGAGAGAACCUGAGAAAAAGAGGGAGGAUGGAAGGCCAAAGGAGAAGGAGAAAGGAAAAUCACGUGCCAUUGAUAAUUUUUUGGAAGAGCUGAAGUUUGAACAAGAGCUCAGGGAGAAGCGUAAUCAAGAACGUGAACAACGGCGCGAAGGACGCCAUGGUGAUACUUCUGCUCCGCCAACACGUUUUGACGAACUGCCUGAUGAGUUUGAUCCAAGUGGAAAACUUCUAGGAUCAUUUGAUGAUGGGGAUCCCCAGACUACAAAUUUGUAUGUUGGGAAUCUUUCACCACAGGUGGAUGAAAAUUUUCUAUUAAGGACGUUUGGAAGGUUUGGGCCCAUAGCUAGUGUGAAAAUAAUGUGGCCUCGAACAGAAGAGGAGCGCAGGAGACAAAGAAAUUGUGGCUUUGUUGCAUUCAUGAACAGAGCUGAUGGGCAGGCUGCCAUGGAUGAGAUGCAAGGUGUAGUUGUAUAUGAGUAUGAGUUGAAGAUUGGAUGGGGUAAGUCUGUAUCACUUCCAACACAAGCUCUGCCUGCUCCUCCACCUGGGCACAUGGCUAUUAGAAACAAGGAGGGCAGCACUGUGAUUUUGUCUGGUCCUGCUGGUCCUCCAGUAACUUCCGUGACUAGUCAAAGCUCUGAGUUGGUGCUCACUCCAAAUGUUCCAGAUAUAUUAGUUGUUACACCAGAGGAUAAACACCUAAGACAUGUUAUCGACACAAUGGCACUGCAUGUCCUGGAUGGUGGAUGUGCCUUUGAGCAAGCUGUUAUGGAGAGAGGUCGUGGGAAUCCUCUUUUUAAUUUCCUAUUUGAGCUUGGAUCUAAAGAACAUACAUAUUAUGUUUGGAGACUCUAUUCCUUUGCUCAGGGUGAUACACUUCAGCGAUGGAGGACAGAGCCUUUUAUCAUGAUCACUGGUAGCGGAAGAUGGAUUCCACCAUCUUUGCCAUCAAUUCGAAGUCCAGAGCAUGAAAAAGAUGCAACCACGACAUAUGCAGCUGGCAGAAGCAGGCGUAUAGAGUUGGAGAGAACUCUCACAGAUCCACAACGAGAUGAAUUUGAGGAUAUAUUGCGUUCCUUAACUUUAGAGAGGAGCCAAAUAAAAGAAGUUAUGGGUUUUGCUUUGGACAAUGCAGAUGCAGCUGGAGAGGUGGUUGAGGUCCUUACAGAAUCGUUGACGCUUAAAGAAACACCUAUACCAACUAAGGUUGCAAGGCUUAUGCUUGUUUCUGAUAUCCUCCAUAACAGUAGCGCUCCAGUGAAAAAUGCUUCUGCUUAUCGGACAAAAUUCGAAGCAACACUACCAGACAUAAUGGAGAGUUUCAAUGACUUGUAUUGUAGUAUCACAGGAAGGAUCACUGCUGAGGCCCUCAAGGAACGAGUUUUAAAGGUUCUUCAGGUAUGGGCAGAUUGGUUUCUCUUUUCUGAUGCAUACGUCAGCGGUCUGCGUGCUACAUUCCUUCGAUCAGGGAACUCAGGCGUCAUACCUUUCCAUUCUAUAUGUGGGGAUGCACCUGAAAUUGAAAACAGAAGUAGUUCCGAGGAUCUUUCUGUAGGGAACAAGAUUAACCAAGAUACUGCAUUGGCCAUGGGGAAGGGAGCAGCCAUGCAGGAGCUAUUAGGUCUUCCGCUUACUGAACUGGAAAGACGAUGCAGGCACAAUGGUCUAUCUCUUUGUGGUGGUAGGGAAAUAAUGGUUGCAAGAUUGCUGAAUCUAGAGGAAGCAGAAAAACAAAGUGGGUAUGACCGAGAUGAUGGCAUGAGAUACCUACAAAGCCGUUCUGGCAAAUAUCCAAGAGAGGAUGAUAGUUUGGACCAUAGGGAACCCAACCAUGGGACUCAACCAGAUAAUUCUAGCACAUGGAAUGAACAUGAUGAGCUAGAAGAUAUGAAUGUUUCUUCCGUCUCUUUAGCGCAAACAUUUUCAAUUCCUCAGCCUGAGUUAAGAUCAUUUCCAAGCAAGACAGUAAAGUCUGACCCUGUAUUGCCAGCUUCGAAGUGGGCCCGUGAGGAUGAUGGCAGUGAUGAUGAAGAUAAAAAAGGCGGUCGAGGUUUAGGUUUAAGUUAUUCUUCAUCCGGAAGUGAUAAUGCUGGAGGUGAUCUCGAGAAGGAAGAUGAGGCAGAGGUGGCAACUGAUUCUGGCAGUCUUCCUCGUCCGGAAAGCAACAUGAGUGAAGAGCAGAGACAGAAACUUAGGCGAUUAGAGGUUGCUGUAAUGGAAUACCGGGAGACUCUUGAAGAAAGAGGCAUCCAGAAUCCUGAAGACAUAGAGAAGAAGGUUGUAAAUCAUCGUAAACGGCUUCAUUUAGAAUUUGGUUUGCUAGAUUCUGCAGAAGGGUCCAGUAGGCAUUCAUCUCAGAGAACUUCUAUGGAGAGGAAAGGGAGGCGUGAUGAUGGUCUUGAUUCUUCAAGGAAGAGGCACCGUAGCCAGAGUAGAAGUCAUAGCCCACAGAAGAGGUCAUUGGCCAGAGAAAGAGAGAACGACGCAGACAGGAAUCGGGAUAAAAGAAGGGAGCGUGAGAAGAGCGGGAGCAGAGAUAGAGAUGAUCUCGAGAAGGAUAGAACCAGAGAAAGGGACAGAGAUAGGAGAAGAAGGGGAAUAUGACUGGCAAAAAGUGGUAACUGUUGAUGGCCAACCCAUAAAAGUUGGUUCCUUGGUUAUGGACACUUCCUUAAGCCUAUGUUUAUGGUUUGAGUUUCGGUAAUACGGAGCAACAGGCACUUGUCCAAGAACAAAAUUGCAUCUAGAAUAUAUUUUGUUCUGCCCCUAAGUCAUACUUAAUUGUAUCAAUCCCCAUGAAUGCUAGGAACUGUUUGCAUUUUGAGUAGAGAAUAUGUGUCCUAAAGAGAAAUAGUUGUAAUGAUUUUUCAGGCACAUUUGGUUUUUACCGAACUUACGAAAAACUUUACAAGGUA